CUGGCCGCCGUCAGUAGGCUCCAGCGAGUCAUCGCGGUAGCAUUGCGCCGGCGCAGCUGUUCGACGUCGCUAUCUAGGGCGCUCUUAUGUGAUACUUCACCAUUUCUCUCAGAUUAUUAUGGAAAAGUGCACAGUGGCCACUUAGCACAAUUUUGAUCCACAAUUACGAGAUAUCAUCGAUUGUUAUUGCAGUGUCAAAUUUUUUGUUUAACGCUUUUAUAUCUAUGUGGGCUACGUGAUAAGUGACAAGUGUGUUACCGUAUUGUUUAGGGUUUUGGCGAGCAUUUCGCGUAUCGUGUCCCUCUGUAGGUAGACGUUUCUUGGAAGUGUUGCUUACAAUUGGUUUUGGUGAAUGAGUCAGCUAACAGGCGUCGGGAUUGUUAACAUUGUCAACGUGCUGCCUACGAUAUCUGAAGGCGUGACAAUGAGAGAAAAAAGGGGAGGCGCUAUGAGUAAAAUGCAAAAGCUCCGAAAGCGUCUAUCCCUUAGUUUUGGCAGACUUUCCACAAAAGACGAGCCGGACGGUGACAACGGCGAGUGCCGGGGCCGGCAACAGAACGGCGGCGGCCGCGGCAAGCUGUCUUACAACGGGUACUCGGAGGAGUGCCUCGACCGGCUCGAGCCCAACGGCAACAUCCCGCACGAUAAGGAGCCCCAUUAUGAAUGGAGCGGAGGCGGCAAUGGCGAGUACCGAGUAAGAAGACAGUUGUCAGUGUCGUCAGACUCCAAAUUGCUGGACGAGGGGGCGAGGGAAGACGCGAGGGUGGUGAUGAGGCCCAAGCGGCCGCCCAGGCCCAAGUCCGAGGCCUUCUUGGGGCCUCACGACCACAGCAACCGCAGGACUAAGCGGUUUAGUGCCUUUGGGGGUGACUCUCCGUUCGGAAAAUCCGAAGCUUACAUUAAGCUAGAGCAGCUCGGUGAGGGUUCCUAUGCCACAGUGUAUAAAGGUUAUAGCAAUUUAACGCAACAAGUAGUAGCAUUGAAAGAGAUCAGACUGCAAGAGGACGAAGGUGCGCCCUUCACGGCAAUCCGGGAAGCGUCUCUCUUGAAAGAACUGAAACACGCCAACAUUGUCACGCUGCACGACAUCGUGCACACGAGGGAAACGCUCACAUUCGUAUUCGAAUUUGUGGAUACAGAUUUAUCGCAGUACAUGGAACGACAUUCUGGUGGUCUCAACCAUCACAACGUUAGACUGUUUAUGUUCCAGUUACUACGAGGCCUUUCCUACUGCCACAGAAGAAGAGUUUUACACAGGGAUGUGAAGCCACAGAAUCUACUUAUAAGUUCCCACGGCGAGUUAAAGUUGGCGGACUUCGGGCUCGCACGCGCCAAGUCAGUGCCGAGCCAUACAUACUCGCAUGAAGUCGUCACGCUCUGGUAUAGGCCGCCAGACGUCCUACUGGGCAGUACAGAAUACUCAACAUCUUUGGACAUGUGGGGCGUGGGCUGCAUAUUCGUGGAGAUGCUGUGCGGAGUCCCCACCUUCCCGGGAGUCAGGGACACGCACGAUCAGUUAGACAAGAUAUUUAAGGUGGUAGGCACACCAACAGAAGAGAGUUGGUCGGGCGUGAGUCGUCUCCCUGGUUUACGCACACACAUCGCCCGCUGGGGCACGUGUCCCGGGCGACCGCUCGGCUCAGCGUUCCCGCGGCUGCGGGACACGGGCCGGGACGCGGAGCGGCUGGCCGCGGCGCUGCUGCAACCCGACCCCGCCAGGAGGCUGGCCGCGGACAGGGCGAUACAACACGUGUACUUCUCGCAAUUGCCGCCCAGACUGAGGGACCUGCCCGAUGAGGUGUCAAUCUACACAGUGGAGGGUGUGUGCCUACACACAGAGACGCGACACGCGGCCAUCAAGUGAGCCCCACCGACGCACGCUUUAGUUGAAUCUGUUACAAUCGCUCCCCAUUCGAUACGCGGUCGAUUCGACCCUCAACACUCAUGUCCGCCUUGUGCUACUCGAUUCGACCAAUUUGAGUCGAUUCGAUCUCAUAAUUCAUACGCAAACACCGUCGAAUCGACCGCUUAUUUUAAGUCAGUGUGCGAGCAUUAUUAGUUAGUACGUUUCAAUUCCUAUAGUUUUAAAAUGUCGAAAUCUGGUUGACUAAUUUUCGGUGGACCAAAAUUUCGUGAUAGUUUUCUCGUCUAGUUUAAAAUUGUUCGAACGGGCAUCGAAUGCCGCACAGUAUUCGUUUAUUUGAACCCUUGACUUAUUUCUCUGUCCAUCCGUCGAUCGCUUUCGAAUUGAAUGUUUUUAAGCGCUUGUUAAGCUUCUAACGGAAUAUCCAUCCAUAUAAUUCAAUUAUUCUAUGGUGACAAGGUAAACUGAUAGGUAUCGAGUGUACGAAUUAUAUAUGUAUAAAUAAAUAAACAGAGCAGUGUGCCAUGUAUAUCUAUAAUUGAGAAGAGUAUGAUGUGUUAUUUUAAAAGAUUUUUAUGCAGGAUAUAUGCUCAUAAUUUGGUAAAAAUUUUGAAGAUGUUUAUUUAUAUUUAUUAAGGUAUAAUUGUCGAUGAAGUUAAUGCAGUCUUAUGAAAGCUAUACGGUUAUAUCUCGAGCGCCUUACAAUGAGGAUUUUUUAAUAAGUGAUUUUUUGGAUUUGGCCAGUUUAUUAUUCUCAUUGUAUGGCGUCGCUUCUUGGCGUUCUAAGUGCGUCUGCUGCAUUAAACUGAAACUUCGUCUCAGCGACAAUCUUUACAUAUGAAAGAAAGGGAAUGUGUCUCUGUCGCACGUAAGAUUUGAGCCUGAGACAGGUUAAACCGCUGCCGUUUAAGGCAGCAGACGCCUAAAAUCUUAUGCACACAUUCCUUCCACGGUGCUCAAAUAGUAACAUUAGGGUGGCGAGGUUUGUGUGGACACGCGGGCAGUUGCUGCCUCCUGAUUGGCUGCUCGUGGCAAAGAUUAUUGAAGUGAGAUAUCCGUAGUCAAAAAUACCAUAUUAAAAUAGACGUGAAAGCCAUACUUACUAUUUAAUAUUCACACGAUUUUAAACGAUACAUCACAUUAAAUGAUAAGACAUUUAGUUCAUUAUGUGAAAAUUCCUAGUAAACCUACAUAUUUAUUUGAACUAUAAAGUAAAUAAACUCGUUUUCAGGCAGCUUUAAAACAAAGCGCGUUGUGCACGCCUAUAUCACGUCAUCCUAACUACAGCCAAUCAGGUCGCAGUUACGACUUAUUGCGUCUGCUUGCGUACUCGGUACUAAGCGAUGGAUUGCGACUGCAACCAGUGAUACUAAGCGAAUUGACCGAAAAUAUAUAAACCAAAAUUAUACUGCGUAUGUUUCAUUCUUCGAUAUAAUGUAUCUUUAAAAUUAUAUCUCCGAAGGAAACGUAUAUAUUGCAAUAGAACUUCACUGCGGGUAAGUUCGUUUAAUCAUCAAUUUUAUUAUCGCGACAGAUCUCAGAUAAUGAAGUGUGGGACCGUCCUAUUGUAUAUUGAACUAUAUUGUAUCGAUCGAUAACUUUAAUCAUAUGUAGCGUAGGCGGAAUUAGUACCCGUCUAGAUGAAAGACUAGUGAAUUAACCAGUUUAGUCAAAUUUUAGUGGUCCCCACCACGUAAGGUUAGGAUGCUGCGUAGUGACCUGCGCAUUGGCAACUUGUAAAUAUACUUUUUUGUAUUCUAUUGUCAAAAUAUAAUUUCUGGUGCGUGAUAUUUUCGAUAUUAAUGAGGACAGACGAGUAAAUUGAGAAGUUAUUCGAUUCGUUCGUACGAAAGAACUAUAGCAGUAAGUUAACAGUCUACUGUCAAAGAAAAUGUGAAGAUGAGAUCAAAUUUUUGUUUCUAAAAUAAUAAAAUUAAAUUGUAAAUAAUAUUACCAAUAUUGUCCUAUUAGUGCCAAAAAAAAUCAAUAUUGAAAAUUAUGAAGUCGAUUAUAAAAUACCUGGAAAUAUACUGCCUAGAUAUAUUUUCUACAUUGUUGCAAACGGCGCCUUAAAUCAUGGAACAUGAUUUUAUACAACACCAAUUGAAAUUACAGUAGACAUUAAACUCGUUUGAUUCAAUUAUUAUAAUAAGAUAGAAUCAUUAGCAAUAACUAAAACUAAGAUAACCUAGAAUCCUUCGAAAUUUGGCUAAAAGACAACGUGUCCAUAUGAUAAAACAAAACGUACAUAUAUAGACAUCAAUAAUAAUAUAUAUGUGAAUAAAAAAUCAACCGACACAUAGAGUUACAAAAGCUUUUCCUUAGUUUAAAACGAGUUAGGAAACUACAUUUUACUUACGUAUAACGAGAUUUGAACAACACUGAAUGAAUGCGAAGCACUGCCACCAUAUAGAGUUUUCAUUGGCAUAGUUGAAAUUGUAUAAGUCAAAUCGAGUUGUCAGUGUGCGUGGGGAGAAUAGUGAGCGUAGAUCUACUUAGCCUUUAGCGUGUACCGAGCUUUAGUACGUUUACACUGACAGAGGGCGCUACUAUCUUUGAAUUAACUGUACAACACUAAAAUAAUAUUAGCAAUAUGUCUAAACCCCCAUCAAAGCUAAGGCGAAAUCCCUGGAUGUGACACUCAGUCCCUUUUGGGAAAUCAGUUUCUUUUAUGUCAGUUAUUGAUAAAACGAAAUAGACGUUCUUUUUUCGCCUAUUUAUAUCUUAAGAGGUUACUGGCUAGAAUAGAAAAUACAAGAUAGAAAAAAUUGAUUCGAACUAAUUACGAUAGACCGUAGCGCCCUCUGUGACGUCGCGUAGCAAAUAUAAUUCGGUUCCAAACACCAAAUUAGUAAGUAAAUUGUACAGAUUCGUGGAACGCAAUAAUUUCUGUGUACAUUAUUUGUUGAAUUUCCUAGUAUAUUUUAUUUGGGCCGGAGUCGCGAUCGAAGCGAGUUUAUAACCUCAAAAGACAUAACUAAUGAAACAAUUUUAGAUUGUUAGAAAAUGUUACGAAUUUUCAUUGCUCUUUUUGCUGUCAUUUUAGAAACCGCUACCUUCGGGAUCCGGCCUUAGGGAAUGGAGUGGCUAAAUAAUUCACCCGUUGAGUGAGGCACGACGCGCGCCGCGCGUAUUGUAACAUAAUAUGAAAGAUACGAGAUUACGUGGAGCAUUUAUAUAGUGGAAAUUAUAUUGAAUAUAUUAUUUGCAUUUUUAUCGAAGAACUGAUGUCGCUGGGGAUAUAACUACGUGUUUUUAGGCAUACCUAAGACGUGAAAUAAAUUUUAUUGAGUUAUUUUUAUAUGUAUAUCGCGAAUUAAAAUUAAUUACGAAUAAAUUCUUAAAAUAUUUAAAAAUCAAUUCUAUAUUAUAUCUAAUUUGAGUAAAUUACGUUAAUAUUAUUUUUAAAAUGAAUAUUAAUUCUUAAUAUUUAUUAUUGUCAUUUAUUAUAUGAAUAGUGAUGUCUAAAAAUAUGUAUUGAUAUGAAAGCGCUACAAUUGAUCGAAUUGUGUAAAUAGUAAUUGUAAUUUAGUUGUUACAGUAUAUUAGUCGAGUCCAGCAGUUGCCAUUUGCCGUUUGUCUGUCUCCGGCUAGACGGAGCUAUGAGAUUUAUUUUGUAUGUUUAGUUAUAUUAAGUCGUAUUAACUACAUUAUUUCACGUAUCACGAAAUCGUUCUGCUGAUUGUAAUGAUUUUUUAAUUAUUUUCUAAUGUAUAAACAAUGUGCUUUUACUCGUUCAAAAAAAUGUAAAUACGAUAUUUGAACUGAUAAUAAUAAAAGUUUUUAUUUCAUAAUGAA